GAAGCAUCGGAUAAUCGCCCCUCGCGCGUCGCCGUCGUCGUCGCCGUCGUGAGAAGUCAAGCCGCAUCGUGAAAAUGAUAAUAACUGCUCCCUCUCUCUCCUCCCUCUUUCUCUCUCUUCCUCUCGCUUUCUUCUUCUCCCCGUCGCGUCAUCUUCGUCCGGCGACGUUUUCAGCUCUUUUCAAAAGCAGCUUUCCGCGCAACCGAAAGCAGAAAAAAAAAAAUAUCGCUCUCUAGAAUCUCCUCCGCCCUUCCGGUCAAACCCCCUACCGCCCACCCCACACUUCCCUCUCGGCCGGCGCUUCCCUUCGAUCGCGAAUCCGGGGUUUUUGAUCGGAAACUGAAGGCGUCCGGGCGGCUCCGACUCGAUCGUCGAUCGCGAUCCGCCGGUCUGCGAUGUCCCGGCGGUUUCCGAGUGCGCUCGGGGAUCACGACGACGGAUCGAGAUUUUGACGAUGAUCGAUGUCGAGCUCUAGCCUCGCCGCCGCUGAAGAAUGCCGCUCUAUGUGCGCCGCGGGGCUUCUAAGUUGUGGAGGAAGAUUUGCGGGGAGGUGACGGUAGAGAUUCCGCUGCUUGCCGAGAGCUGGAAGUACCUUCUUGGUGGAGUUGUUUUCCAGUACAUUCAUGGAUUGGCUGCCAGAGGGGUCCACUACUUGCAUCGUCCAGGCCCAAUACUUCAGGACAUUGGUUUUCUUCUUAUUCCUGAACUUGGUCGAGAAAAAGGUUCUAUCAGUGAGGCUUUGUUUGCCUCUGUCUUCUGUUCGUUUGCUUUGUGGACUUUUCACCCAUUCAUAUUCCAGAACAAAAAAAUUUAUACAGUCCUGAUAUGGUGCAGGGUUCUUGCUUAUUUAGUUGCUUCUCAAGUUCUCCGGAUUGUUACAUUCUAUUCAACUCAGUUACCCGGUCCAAACUACCAUUGCCGUGAGGGUUCAGAACUUGCCACGUUACCACCUCCAAAAAGUGUGCUUGAAGUGGUCUUUUUAAACUUUCCACGAGGAAUUCUCUAUGGUUGCGGUGACUUGAUUUUUUCAUCACACAUGAUCUUUACAUUAGUGUUUGUCAACACAUAUCAGAAGCAUGGCACAAAGAGGUUUAUCAAGCAAUUUGCUUGGUUACUUGCGGUGGUUCAGAGCCUGCUAAUUAUAGCAUCUCGCAAGCAUUAUACGGUGGACAUUGUUGUUGCAUGGUAUACUGUGAAUCUGGUUGUGUUUUGUAUUGACAGGAAAUUGCCAGAAAUGCCCGAUAGAUCAAUGGCAGCUACAUAUUCACCAUCCCUACCAUUGAGUACUAAAGACAAGGAAAGCAAGGGCAGGGGAGAGCAAUACAAUCUCUUAAACGGGGUUACCAUGAGCUCUGCAGUCUGAGCAUGGAUGCCAACAGAAUUGCCACAUACUCAGCUUCCUUUGCUUUAUAAGAUAAGAUUUUUCUGAUGCUUGUAGAGGUGUAAUAUACCUAAUACUUCUGGUACUGAAGAUGGGAAAGGCUGAAAGAUGGUAUAUCAAUAAUAACACGGGCUGAAGAUAGCUGUGAUGCCGAUCAUCAUUAUUUCCCUUAAGUGUAACUCCAAAAACUGCAGAGUAUGCUCUUCGUAAAUCAGUUAUUGAUGGUGGGAGAUUCAUUUGGAAUGGUGCUUUAAAGAUUAUAGAACGAGUCUUUCCAUAUGGUGGAUCUAUCGCUGCUCUUCAAUAAUACCAUAUAAUGGCUUUGUCUAUUUUCC